AUGGCUACUUUUCUCCUCGAUGAUUACUCCAGGACAGCAGCCCGUCCUGAGUGGAUGGACUUGGAGGAAUGGAAGAAUGAAAUUCCACUGACCCUAAGCAGAAUGGAACAGAGACGCUUUCUUCGAGCAUUCUAUCGGAUGCAGAUUUAUGGAAACAUAUUCGGUCACAUAGAAAUUCCCCUGGGGGCAGAUGACGUUGAGGAAGAAAAUGACUGGUUUGCUGAUACUCGUGGCCGGACGCCUACUUUCACGGAUGAAGAAACGUGGCGUCUAUUCUUCGGACCCAUGGCGCCAUGGGAAGUUGAAGAAUUCAGCUGUUUCUGGCAGCAUUGUUAUCAUCGAUGGACAGACCCAUACCGUGAAAUAGCAAAAAGCCUUGCGGCUUAUGCGGCUAAUGGUGUUAUCUGGUUCAGCGAUCUUCCUCCCGAAGAGCGGCCUCCUCUGAAUCGCUGUGGGUUGGAUGUUGACCAUCUGCCUGUCCAUGAAAAUGAACAGAGAAAAAUUUUAGCCCACAUGGUACCAACAUUCCUUGUGAAGAUGCUUCGUGAACCAGAUUUUAGAACUCGCCGCGACUUGCUUCUCGCCAACACGGUUAUUCUUAACCAUUCGUUUGUUGAUUAUUGGCCUAAACCAAACUGGGAAGAUCCCGGAGCGUUGCCUCUUCUGUACCCUGCUGAUAGAUUCAACUUCGACACAGAUGUCAGUGGUCUCAAGACAUACUUAGAGACGCUGCCUCCGCACGAGCGGCCUAACAACGCCUGGAUGCAGCGCUGGCUUGAUGCGGCGCUGGAGUAUCCUCAAGUCUUUGAGGAUAUGUACUCGUAUGCCCCGUACUGUCGGUGUUGGGAAUGGGGAUAUGCUAUUUGGGACGAGGAAAGGCUCAUUGAAUGGGGCGCCAUGGAUCAUCUUGAACUCCCGUGA